AUGAAAAGAGAGCGAGAAAAUGAAUUACUGCCAAACCCUCCAUCCGAGUCUUCUGAAGGGCUUUUUCAGUUGCCCGCUUACUACCCAUUGACCAAAAAGUUCAAAUCUGAAUUACGUCAACUGAAUCCUGCGAAGACGAUUGAUUCCGUAAUUAAGGAGACACGUAGCGCAUUGAUGGAGACACUCUUUGAAUAUAUUGAUAAUCAGGCAGAGCAAGAGAUUCAGCAGGUCUCAAAAGGUAAUGUAAUGAUGGAGGACUAUGAGAAUACCAAGAAACUAAAAUACAAAGAAGAUCCCGUUUUGCUGCGAGGUAAGCGCGUUUUAGAGAAGCUAAAUCAAACUCGACGACGCCAGGCCACCUAUCUCGCUGCCUUUCAGAAAACACGUACAGAAAUCCUGGACCGCCAUGAGCAGGAGCUUAGUUUAGAAGAUCUUGAACGUUAUGCGCAUAUGGAAGUUGUACCGUCACAAGUACAUGAUCUUUACAAAGAAGUUCUAUCCUCGAAUGUGAGUGAAUCUGCUUCUGUCAAUGAACAAUUGGUGAAGGCAGAGACAACUGAGAUUGAUAAAAAGCUUUUUGUUGCCAUCAAUCCAACCGAGCCUAUACCUUUCAACGAUCAAGAAGAUGACGAUGAAAUUGAAAUAGGUGGUGGUAAAGUGAAUUUAACUUGUCCGAUUUCUCGCUUGAUAAUGAAGAGUCCAGUCAAAAACAAAAAGUGUGGACACACAUACGACAAAGCUUCGCUCGCUAAUUACAAUUCGUCUGAUUGCCCUGAGUGCGGGGCUCCAAUCCAAAAAUCUGAGCUUGUGGAAGAUACACUUAUGAAGAUUAGGAUAGCUUGCUACAAGAGAGACCAAAAACUCCAAGAGUUUCAUAAGACAAAAGUGGAUGAAGACAUCGACCGUUUAUAA